AUGCACUCUCACUUUCUUUUCCAUUUUCUCCUUGUUUUUCUCCCAUUCUUUCUUUCUUUCUUUCUUUCUUUCUUUCUUUCUCACUCAUCAUUCUUUCUUUCUUUCUUUCUUUCUUUCUUUCUUUCUUUCUUUCUUUCUUUUGAUUCUAUACUUCAUUGUCGAGUAUUCUUUCUUUCUUCAAUAUGCACUCUCACUUUCUUUUCCAUUUUCUCCUUGUUUUUUCUCCCAUUCUUUCUUUCUUUAUUACCUUCUUUCUUUCUUUCUUUCUCACUCAUCAUUCUUUCUUUCUUUCUUUCUUUCUUUCUUUCUUUCUCACUCAUCAUUCUUUCUUUCUUUCUUUCUUUCUUUCUUUUGAUUCUAUACUUCAUUGUCAGUAUUCUUUCUUUCUUCAAUAUGCACUCUCACUUUCUUUUCCAUUUUUCUCCUUGUUUUUUUCUCCCAUUCUUUUCUUUCUUUAUUACCUUCUUUCUUUCUUUCUUUCUCCUCAUCAUUCUUUCUUUCUUUCUUUCUUUCUUUCUUUCUUUCUUUCUUUCUUUCUUUCUUUCUUUUGAUUCUAUACUUCAUUGUCGAGUAUUCUUUCUUUCUUCAAUAUGCACUCUCACUUUCUUUUCCAUUUUCUCCUUGUUUUUUCUCCCAUUCUUUCUUUCUUUAUUACCUUCUUUCUUUCUUUCUUUCUCACUCAUCAUUCUUUCUUUCUUUCUUUCUUUCUUUCUUUCUUUCUUUCUUUCUUUCUUUUGA